CAGUAAACCGCCGAAAGUCGCGCGGUGCUCCUUUUAAGUGCAGCGCUGCCUUAUCUCGAGAAUAGGUCUCCCAGAAGAAAACGAAAUGGCUGGGAUCUCUCCUCGCUGACAUUACAGCAGAGGUUGGGAUGUCUUAUGUUGCCAAAAAGUGUGGCAUCCAGUUGCAGCCCCCAUCUAUCGUUUUGAUCUAUGAAGACCCGUUUAAGCAGAAUCUGCGCAAGCGCAUCAUGCCUAUCCGGAAUUUUACCAAAUUCUCAGACUGCAGCAGAGCGGCAGAGCAGCUGAAGAAUAAUCCUCGGCACAAGACAUAUUUAGAAGGGGUAUCAUUGGAGCAGCUAAAAAAGUUACACAAUUUGUUGAGAUGCCACCUUCAAGGACAAACUUUGAGUCAGAGUUUGAAAAAAGUUGAGCAGAAUGAAACCGUUGAUCCAGAAGAGGAUCUAAAUAAACUGAAUGAUGAAGAGCUAGCCCAAAGGAAAAGAAUCAUGGAUGAAUUGUUUGAAAAGAACAGAAAAAGAAAAGAGGACCCAGAUUUUAUCUACAAUGUAGAGGUGGAAUUUCCACAAGAUAAGGAGCUUGAAGCUUGUGAGUGGGAUACAGAAACAGAGGAUGAAUUUUAAUGCAAAACUAAGCUUAUGGGGACUUUUAGGGACUAUUUAUAAAUUACAUAUACUUUGUUUUAGUAACAAUAUUUGACUAAAGUUAUCAAUGAAAAGUAGCAUUGUGUACUGUCAAAAUGAUUGACAUUUUUCUUUGCUUGGCAUUUAAAAAUAUUCUGAAAUAUUCAUAUUAAAA